UCCCUACCUCCCUUUAAUACCUCCUCUUCCUCCUCCUGCUCUUGGCCUCUCCCACACAUCCCUCUCUUUCCCUCUCUGGAUCUCUUCCUCAAGUGUGCUAGCUAGCUCGUCACAGGCUCACAGAGGCACCUAGAGAUGAGCAUGCUGAGCAUGAUGACCGAUUUGAGCUGUGCGACCGGAGCUUCCGGUGCGAAUGAUCAGCAGCUGGCAGUUCCGGCUGCGGAGGGCUCGGCGUCGGCGGCGGGAAGCGAGAGGAUGGCGGGAAGGGGCAGGAUCGAGAUCAAGCGCAUCGAGAACACCACCAACCGGCAGGUGACCUUCUGCAAGCGUCGCAACGGCCUCCUCAAGAAGGCGUACGAGCUCUCGGUACUCUGUGAGGCCGAGGUCGCCCUCAUCGUCUUCUCCGGCCGAGGUCGCCUGUACGAGUACUCCAACAACAGUGUGAAGGCCACCAUUGAAAGGUACAAAAAGGCCAACAGUGACACCUCCAAUUCUGGCACGGUUGCAGAAGUCAAUGCCCAGUACUACCAGCAGGAGUCCUCCAAACUGCGUCAGCAGAUCAGUAGCUUGCAGAACUCAAACAGUAGGUCAUUAGUGAGAGAUUCUGUGAGCACCAUGACCCCGAGGGAUCUUAAGCAGCUAGAAGGCAGACUGGAGAAAGGCAUAGCCAAGAUAAGAGCUAGAAAGAAUGAGCUGAUGUAUGCUGAAGUUGAGUAUAUGCAGAAGAGGGAAAUGGAGCUACAUAAUGACAACAUCUACCUGAGGAGCAAGGUUACUGAGAAUGAGAGAGGGCAACAGCCCAUGAACAUGAUGGGCUCCGCGUCGACGAGUAGCGAAUAUGAUCACAUGGCCCCGUACGAUUCCAGAAACUUUCUGCAGAACAUGAUGCAGCAGCAGCAUCAGCAGCAGCACUACUCGCAUCAGAUGCAGCCAACUGCCCUUCAGCUCGGCCAGCAGUCCUUCAACUAGUUUUGGUCAAGAGUCCAGACACACUAUGUCCACAGACUAGCUGAAACCUGAAGGUCUCCAUGUGCCUGCAGCGGUCGUCGCCCCGCGCAUGCAUGUGGCUGGAAUUCUGUAGCUCUACGUAUGGUUGUAUGACAUUAGUAAUCACUAGCAUUGUUGAUCAGGUGCAUGUGGUACUUGUAAUAUAUAUCUGCAUUUUCUCAUGAGCACGAGGUGCUGCUAGUGCUAGUUUGUUCGUCACCACAAUAUAUCGACUUUGGCAUGCACACCAUCGUGUUGUAUCUAUAUAUAUCUUCCCCGGGUAUGAAAUAAUUAUCAGCGAUUUGAUGUGUGUA